UCUAAUUUAUAAAUGUUUAUUAACGUUUAACGUAGAUAUGCUCAUGUAUAUCGUACUGUAAGAUCAAAUCCAAAACUCGUUAAAAAGCUCAAGCAAGUCUUUUGUCGGUCGACUUAAAACCAUUUUCGCUGUACACUUUGCGGCUGAUGUCAUUCCCACACUAUUAACCAUCUAAAAAGAUCGCGAAUUCUUCGGAUGCCACCAAAAAGUGAACAAGCAUACACCCAUCCAGAGCUCAAUGAGUUAUGAACACAUUUUGGAGCAUGUCGACAAACGCUGGUCGUAAGGUGAAUUAUGGCAGUCCACCAAGAUCUGACGGUGAGGAGCAGGGUGGUCCAGGGGAGCAGAGAUCCAGUCCAGCUCAUCCUCCAUUUGGUAAAAAGCAGCUUCCCUCCAUACCAAAGAAUGCCGUCCCGAUCACUAAAGCCGCCUCGCCAGCCUCCUCUACAGAGUCUGCCAAUGGCACACAUGCCUCAUAUGGCCCUUUCUACCUGGAGUACUCGCUGCUUGCUGAGUUCACAUUGGUGAUCAAGCAGAGGCUCCCUGGCAUUUAUGUUCAGCCUUCAUACAGAUCAACACUAAUGUGGUUUGGUGUGAUUUUCAUUCGACAUGGCUUGUACCAAGAUGGUGUGUUUAAGUUCACCGUCUACAUUCCUGAUAACUUCCCAGAUGGAGACUGUCCUAGGGUCAUUUUUGACACCCCGGUGUUCCACCCACUAGUGGACUCAGUCUCUGGCGAGCUGGAUGUGAGAAGGGCUUUCACCAAAUGGAGGCGAAACCACAACCAUAUCUGGCAGGUCCUUAUGUACGCCCGCACAAUCUUCUAUAAGAUCAACACCAUGGAUCCGCUCAACCCAGAGGCUGUAGUGCUGUAUGACAAAGACUUCCAGCUCUUCAAAAGCAAAGUGGUAGACAGUGUCAAGCUAUGCAAUAGUCAUCUGUUUGAUCAGCCCAAGAUAGAUGACCCUUUUGCAAUAAGCUUCUCUCCGUGGAAUCCAGCGGUGCAUGAAGAGGCAAAAGACAAGAUGUUUGCAUAUAAACGUUUGCACAGUGACCCUCUCCUGACUGCUCCCCACAACCAACGGUGGGCAGAGGAUUAUAACAAAGGACCGCUGGUGUCUGGGCUGUCUUGGGUGAAGCCUGGUUCCACUCAGCCUUUCAGCAAAGAGGACAUCCCCCUUCAGACGUGAACCUUCAGUGCUGUCUGUCCACCAGGAGGGGUGCUACACUGCUGUGGCUCCGCCGAACCACAUAUAUAGAAUUUUAUGCAGUUCUAUGAACUUUAUCUUAAUUCGCAAAACCCUCACUCUUCUUUAAAAGAAAACUGCUAUAAUGGCUUAAGAAUUAUAGCCAUGUUCCCAGUAUAGAUCUAAAGACCCCACUCGUUCAUUUCAGUGCUGAGGUUUGAACACACAGACGACACUGAGAUUGUUCUUGUCAGUACUGUAACUUGCACAUGUUAAUGUUUUCAGGCAGGCACAACAAACCACCUCACUUAUUUGUGCUGGUCAUUCUUUUCUAACUGACAAACUUGGUUUUCUCACUAAUAAUUUGAGAUAUUUAAUACAUUUUCCCUUUAUUUUCCUUUCCCUACAAACUUGGUUAAUCAGUUUUAAUCUCAAACAUACAUUUGCAGACUGGGACAGAGCGCAUGGUUUUUUUUUUUUUGGUUGUUUUUGUUUUUUGCGUUUUGGUGUAUUUGGGUUGAGAUUGUUUUUUUUUUUUUGUGUGUGUGUGUAAAAUCCUGUGUAUGAUAUGGUUUUUAU